GUCGUUGGAGCUGCUCGGCCGCCUGCGAUCCAACAUGGAGUAGAGAGAGAUGGGGCUCUAGCGGGGCCACCCCUCGGUAUCAGCAGCGACGACGCGCUUUUUUACGCACAGCUGGAAGCGGAGUCGUCGGUGAAAACAUGCGCCAAAGGACUUAAGAGAAGAAGCAGAAGAAAAAACGGAACGUGUGCCUUGUGGGUCCGUGUGUGUAUGUGUGCGUGCGUGUGUUUGGGUAGAGCGAGAGAGAGAGAGAGAGCGAGAGGGGGGGGGGGGGGUGAGAAGACAAGAGCUGGAUACGGCUUCUCAAUAGUCUGUGUGCGCGACUUUAUCUGAUGGGGGGCUGGAAGUUGUAGGGAAACCGGGGCUUGUUGUUCGCGAUCCGGAGGACACGGAGCGGCUGCGGGGGCAGGAGAGCGAACAUUCGGGAAGAAGAAGAAGAAGACGGAGGCGCAGCCAGUCGAGGGCAAGCCAAAGAGCCGACACUCGCACAAAGGCGCAGGGGGGAUUUAUGCGGAAUUGGAGACGGAAUCGGCGGAGCCGCGCUGAGAGAAUGACGAGCGAAAAGUAUGCAACCGCCGUGGUACAUUACCUGAGGUGAAACGAGAAAAUGAUAGAAGAAACACACCCGAACGAUGACAGCUACAUCGUGCGUGUGAAAGCGGUGGUGAUGACGCGGGACGACUCGAGCGGCGGCUGGCUGGCUCAGGAUGGGGGCGCUCUGACCAGGGUGGGGGUGUGCCGCCUCCUGCCCACAGAGCUGAUGCCCAUGUCGGGCUCCGGAAACUCCCAGUUCCUCAUCCGGGGCGAGCGGCUGCGCGACAAACAGGUGAUCCUGGACUGUCCGCUGAGGAAAGAUCUGGUUUACACCAUAGCUACGCCCACGUUUCACCACUGGAAGGUGGAGGACAGGAGGUGCGGCCUGUCCUUCCAGAGUCCAGCAGAUGCCAGAGCUUUCGACAGGGGGGUGCGGAAAGCCAUAGAGGACCUGGCUGAAGGAUCCACCACCUCCUCGACAGCCCUGCAGAACGAAGGCGAGCUGGGAGACGACGACGUCUUCACCAACACCACCGACAGCUCAUCCAACUCCUCCCAGAAGCUGGAGAGCUCCCUGCAGCCGCUCGAGUCCUCGCCCCUCCCGCACAGGCACAAGUGCAUGCUGGGACAUCGCCACGACGUCCACGACUCCUACCGCCUCUCAGACCACUACUACCUAGACCAGCCGUUGUCUCGGAUUCCCCGCCAUGUCACCUUCGAGGACGAGGAAAUCGUCCGCAUCAACCCUCGGGAGCGCAGCUGGGAGCGUGCCACCGAGCGCCACCACGGACGGCUGUCGGACCGCUCCUUCCUCACCGGAUACGAGGACUACCGCCACGCCACCGUGCGCGACAAAUUCAUUCAGGUGGACGACUCGGAGUCGUACGUCCACUUCACCAAGACGGAGGCGCAGAAGCACGACUACACCUACCCCCUGGCGCCGGCCCUCUCGCCCUCGGACUCAGACCCCGCCCUCGGACCCUUGACCGAUAAGGGCCACGGCUUCUCCUCGGUGGUCUCCUCGCAGCCUCGCUCUUUCCUCCCGAGCUCCUCCCCGUCCACCAACGGCGGAAAGGGGCGGAAGGAUGACGGGAUGGAGCGUGCUCAGUGCGAGCACUGCGGCGAGGCAUUCUACGUCUCCGACAACCGGAGGGGCCGCUGCCAGGACGCCCCGGACCCCGUGCGGGCGUGCAUCCGCCGGGUCAGCUGCAUGUGGCUGGCGGACACCAUGCUCUACCACUGCAUGUCCGACCCGGAGGGGGACUACUCGGACCCCUGCUCCUGCGACGGGGGCGGCGAGGGCGGCGGCGGCGGAGGCCGCUCCGGCUCGCGCUGGUUAGCCCUGCUGGGCCUGUCGCUGGUGGCGCCCUGCCUGUGCCUCUACCCGCCCCUCCACGCCUGCCACCGGGUGGGGCUGCAGUGCGGCUGCUGCGGCGGCAGACACAAGGCCCUGAGCUGAGCGGAGGACGCUCAGAAACCUCCCAGACGAGGAGCGGGGGGAAAAAAAAAAACUACAUCCAACGCAAGCACAGGGAAAGGGAAGGAUGGGGGAAACACACAGGAGGGACAAGUGGCCGUGGCUGCUCACUUUCUUGCCUUGGUUUCUCUGGGUUUCUCUACAAAUUCCAGACACUGAAAUAAGCCAAAAAAAAAAACAACAACAAAAAAAACAAAUCAAAACUGUUGGUGCAUUUUCUGAACGGCCUGGGAAGAUAAGCUCCCCCUUACGGCAGACAGUUCUCUCGGCUCUCCAUGUGGCCAUUUCAUGCUCUGUUUCUAGUGAGAGAGCACUCUUUUUCAGGGGGCCUUUUUUAUAGCUGACCUAUAUGUCAUGUAUCACAUAUGCAGGUACUUUAUAUUGUUAUAUUUGUACACUGACUUGGCGUCAAAGAACUUGAAUUUUCUUCUCUUUUUUCCCCUAUCCCUCUCUCUCUCUCUUUCUCUUUUUCUCUCUCUCUCUCUCUUUCUCGUCUUUGAUGUACGCGAGGCUGUUUUGUUUAUAUUCCAAUAUCAGGCCCGCUCAGCUCAACUCCAGCUACAAGAGAAGUCAGACACUACACCUCUUUGCGCAUGUGAGCGUGUGUGUGUGUGUGUGUGUGUGUGUGUGUGUGUGUGUGUGUGUGUGUGUGUGUGUGUGUGUGUGAGUGAAUGGUGAGUGUCGGCGGUGUCCAGACCUGGUCCCUCAGCGUCCGUUUCCUUCCUGCUUUCUGUGUCUCCCUGCUUGAGUUUUAAUGAUUCAGGUGUGUUUCAGCAGAAACGUGCAGGAUGGGGGGGGGGGCGCCCUCCGGGGCCAGGGCUGGACACCCCCGGUGUGUGUGCGCAGAGGCCUUCUGUUGUCUGUACUGCAGCUCGUAGUGAAGCUCGUGUAUAUAGUCGGCAUAGCUCUCCACCAUCAGCAUCUUCUUUGUUCACUGAAACAAGCGUGGUACUCAUCUUAAUCUUCUAAUAUCCCAAAGAUUCAUGUUUUUAUCCUAUUUAUUUUCUCACCGAAUUGAUCUACCAGCAAAAAAACUAGAUAAAAGGUGCUGGGUUGUAAUUUACGCCGAAGGAGACGGUGCCUCAGCUCGGGCUAUGAUACGCUAGCGUCCGUCUCCCUGCUCUUUUCACGUUAUUUCAAACAGUGCCUGAAAUGUGAUCGCUGAAACCAGGAACCCACCGAGUCUUAUGAUUCCAGUCAGAUCUUUGGCUCACUUUACGUAACGGACUCUUAAAGCGGUGUGAGAUUCUUAAGGCUCCGUUUCCGCCGGUUCUUUGCGGAACCUCAACGAGAACUGAAAAAUCAAAUCAGAUAACUGUUUUAGAAAUUGGUGCCUGAAUGCCUUAAAAACGUGGCGUCACACUCCGGACUCGCGCCGCCCUUCUCGUCGAAGAUGUCUAACGUGAGCACGGUUAUCGCUCCAAGCAAUCAGCCUCAACACACACUCUUUUAAAGUUGGUUUGAACUAUUUUUGUAAUGAAUAAAGGACACCUAAAAUGCUUGUUAAGUGCAUCGACUAUGGACUCUAGUUUGCCUGCGACGUACAAUCACCUCCCCCGUUCCGACGCCCCGUCCACCUGGAGCACACCAGUCACAUGUGGGAGCAGGAAACAGCCUAACCAAUGCUCAUCUGGAUAGAUAAAAGAUAGGACUCUGUCCAUUCAUCCAUCUUUUCUAUACGCUUUUGCAAAAUUUAGAGUUAACAGCAACAAACGAAAGGCAGUUCACCCUCCCAUCAGAAGGACAGACAAUCACCCCCAUAUCCACCUCAUGGCCAGUCAAUCUUCACAUAAUAACCAAACAGGAAGCUGCAGAGCAAACCACUGUCACACUGUGUCUUAAAAAUGGCAAACAUCAACCAAAUAAAUACCAGUUAGUUUCAUUGUCGUUCAGGACCUGAUCCAACAUUUCUGUUGUCUCUUUGGGUUUUUUUUUUCUUUCUAAUCUUUCAAGUUAAAUGUGUUUCACAAUUCUGGACAAUUCUUUAAAAAAAAAUGGUAUAAACUUAAACGCACUCAUUUUUACUUCAGUGGAUGAUCACAUGAACACGUAUGAUUAUGUUCAUGUAAAUUCUGUUGUAAGAUAAUUCUUCGUUCAGAUAUAUUUAUUUGAAUAUUAUUAUUUGAACACUAACAGGCCAUUCACAAGUUUCUCCAGUUGAAGUUUGGCAUUUUUGACCUGCCUACAUUCGAAUAAGUACUAGAAACUAAGUAAACCAGUAAACCUCGAAAACUGACUGACAACAUCUUCUUAGUUUUAAUUGAUUUAAAAAAAAACUGAAGUAAAACGUCAAAUAAGUUUGACAGAAAAGUCUGCGCUGGACUGCUUUAUUCAGUCUCAGAAGACUCUAGUUUUCAUCGGACAGAAAAUUGAUUCCACACACACACACACACACAAAAAAAGAAAAAAACCUUCAGAAGAUGCCAAGCCAACACUAACUGCUUUCCAAAAUCUUAGAUUAGCACGAUGGACCUGCCGCUCUGACCACAUGUGGCUGGUGUGCGCUGCUCUUCUCAGUCCCGCAGCAUUUUUUUCCUCUCCGUGCCAGGUUUGGCACAUCAUCAUCGCACACUGUAAAGUCAGAUGCUAGACAACAAUACGUCUGAAUGAAGGAAGACACAUUGUUUUUUUAAUAAGGGUCUCGGUGGGAUUGCUGACGUACAAAUUCAGGUUGUGAAGAGGGACCCUGAACUCGAACCAAAACACUGAACCGACAGCGUGCUCAGAAGCUUUCCUGCUUCGUCCAAGUCUGGGUGGCGACGGCGCGAUCAGGGACGUGACUGAGAACACAAUAAGCUUUUUGAAAAUUAAAAAAAAAAAAAAAAAAAGGCAGGA